AUGGCUCCCAAGUCGAAAGCAAGGACCCUCAUCGUGCGGAUGAUCUCCACCGCGCAGACGGGCUUCUUCUACACGGCGCAGAGGCUGAGGUUGGGUCCCCGGUUGGCAGCGGUGAAGUACGAUCCACGAGUGCAGCAGCGGGUGCUGUUUGUGGAGAGCAGGAAGACGGCGAAGAAGAGCAAGUAG